AUGAAGAUUCGUGAGCUCUGUGAAGGCUGGGGUGUGUACAGAGACGCAGCAGAAUGGGAGAACUACCGCUCAAUGUUCUUCGACGAUGCGUACAUCGCUACAAGUUGGAAGCAAGGCAACAUUGACGAGUUCAUCGAAGCCUCCAAAGCUGGAUUCGAGAAAGGCUCCAAGUUCAUGUAUAUCCUGCAUCGCAUCAUUGGCUCUCAAGUCGAUAUGAACACGGACCUCACGCGUGCAGUGUGCAAGAUGAAGAUCACAAUCACUUGCCGCUUCACGUUUGACGACAUCGAGAUGGACAAUGACGCCGACUGUCGGUUCUUCUUCUUCGUCGAGAAGAGAGGAAACAGAUGGGGUGUUGUCUUCUACACACUGCUGUUUGACAAGGACAAGUUCUCCCCAGUCAACCCGGAGAAGAUUUACAGUAUUCCUGAAGAUGAGGUCAAGCAGUAUCCAAGCGGUUACAAGUAUCUCGCUUGGGCGGAGAACAAGAUCAGCCAGCCGCCUAAGAUGAAUUUGAAUGCACAUGGUCCAGAAAAAGAUGUGUUGUAUGGCAGGAUCAAGACUUGGUUGGAGGGUGGAGAUAUCAGACCUGAUUUGACUGGCGAGGAUGACCCUAAUUGGAAGCCUUGA